UCUCAUUCGGUUAAUUGACUUUAUAAUCUCUGAUACAAAUACUUUGAUUAAUGUGAAAUCAAUUCAGUGUUAUCAAAUAAUUCUUGAUUGCACGGUCGUACAGUUUUUUAUCUGGAACAAGAUGAGGUUCAUAGUAGUUUUCGCUCUGGCCGUAUUUAGUAUCGCAUCGGGAGUUCCUGUGACAACAAAACAUGUAGAAGAAAUACUCAUGACCAGCUCUCACGAUUUAAGGAAUAGAUUCCUUGGGGAUAUUUUGAGGAAUGUUCUGGAAGCAGUAAGGGAUAUUAUGAAAAAUGGAUCUGGUAGUAUACCAGUACUAGACCCACUACAAAUAGAGUCGCUGAGAGUUGAUGAGGAUCUGAUUGGCAUUCCAGGGGUGUACAUUACACUUGGAGGCAUGAAUGUUGAAAAUCUAAGCACCUUUGUAGUAGAUACAAUGGAUGUUCACCUUGAAUCUCUUUUGGCUCAACGAUACAGAAUAGAGUUCGAAGGGUAUAUCCCAGAAGUCAACGCUAACGCAAAUAGGUACAGUAUGGAUGUCAAUAUUAAUAAUAUGGCGAUUAAAGGAAACGGCGGUAUGAAAUUGAAGGUAACGCAACCGAAACUCAAGGGAACACUGGUUGUUUCAUUAUCAAUGAAUAAUGGAAUUUAUUUAACAAUUCGUGACUGCACUCUAGCUUUCAGUUUGGAUACUUUUGAGCCGGAAAUAACUGGAUUGUUCGAGAACGCCGUAUCCAGUCAGUUGGUAUCAUCAUUCUUGAAGUCACUUGUGCCAGAACUGAUGGUGGCGUAUGAGAAUGACAUCAAUCAAUUCCUGAGUGAAGCGGUAUUGACGUAUGGCAACAUGUUCCUCCAGGACUUUGACCUUGGCAGUCUACUGAACCCUUGAACUUUUAAGAACCAAUUAUAAUUUUCUUAUCAAAA